GGCGGCCGGUGUGAUUGACAGCAGUUGGGGUCCAGUGACAGGCGGACACGCACGCUGCUCCGCUCUCAGUCGCCUCAUGUCGAUUGACGUGCUGACGCGCGGUGCAGGUACGGCGCGGUACUAGACGGUGCAGUGCGGUGCGCGGGUGGGCGUGUAGUGACUCUUGCGGCGCGACAUUGUAGUGGUGUAACGAGUGAAGCAAGCACAGUACUCUUGGGUGACAUGGCUCAGCCUGCCAGGUACGACGACGGGCUCGGGCACUACGCUGGUAGCGGGGCGAAUAUGGAGGCCGUAGCCAACAUGUACGGGGAUCCGCACCGCAGCGCGGCGGCGGCGGCCCUCCAACCUGCGGCCCUCAUGAACCACAUGAACCACGUGGGAAGUGCGGCCCACGGCGCGGCCAUGUACGCCCACUCUCAGGCCUCCAACCACGUGGCGGCCAACCACGUCAUGGGCUCCGUGCCCGACGUUCACAAACGGGACAAAGACCUUAUAUAUGGGCAUCCUCUAUUCCCUCUUCUAGCUCUCAUCUUCGAGAAGUGCGAGCUGGCCACGUGCACGCCCAGGGAGCCAGGUGUUGCGGGCGGGGAUGUGUGCUCCUCGGAAUCCUUCAAUGAAGAUAUUGCCGUCUUCUCCAAGCAGAUUAGGCAGGAGAAGCCAUAUUAUCAGGCAAACCCAGAGCUUGAUAGCUUAAUGGUUCAAGCGAUUCAAGUGCUCCGGUUUCAUCUCUUAGAGUUAGAAAAGGUUCACGAGCUGUGCGACAACUUCUGCCACCGAUACAUCUCUUGUCUGAAGGGUAAAAUGCCCAUCGACCUGGUCAUUGACGAGCGCGAGGGCCCCAAACCAGAGGUCUUGGGCCCCGGCGACUCGAACAAUAACGCUUCUGCCGUGGCUGCCGGUCGGGCGUCCGCCGACACCACACAUACCGACGGAGCCUCCACCCCAGACGUG